UCACCCAAACAUGGUCAGGUUGUUGGACGCCCUAUACAUCCAUCACUCGAUUCCGUCUCCGUCGAUGCCUCGGCAUGGCUUCCGCUUCAUCACUCUUUCCCUCGCGCCUUCUUCCCAUCCCCGGCCAUGUCCGCGUUGCGGUGUACAGCAAUCCGACGUCCCUUCGUGUCCUUCUCGAGCGACGGCCAAAGGGGGAUGCCAAGGCGCGGAGGGCCCUCUUCCGCGUGGCAGCGGAGGGCAGAAACGGGCUGAAGCAGGACGACGACGGCGGCGGCGGAGUGGACCUGGGGAGGGACCGCCAGCGGCCGGCUUUCAACCUCCGGUGGCGAGAUCUCCUGUCCCCUGACCCCGAGAACAUUGCGGCCGUCGCGUUGACCGGCCUCCUCACCUGGGCCAGCGUCCAGGUCCUCUUCCAGCUCUUCGUCAUCUCCGUUGCUAUCCUCCUUGCGGCCGUCAAGUACUCCUUCGUCGCCGCUCUCCUCCUUAUCAUACUGAUCACCCUCCUUUGAUUUAUAUCCUGAUGUGCUCUCACUAUGUGAAUAGGAGUAGUUCCCACGCAGGAACCAAUUGGAUGGUGUGCUUCGUCAUUUUUUGCUUUAAGUAUGUGGAAUUGGGGGUUUUUUUGCCUUGAGAAA